CUGAAUACUGAUUGACGCGCGCUGUGUUUGUACUAGGCGUUACGACCAUGGUGCUUGACUUGGAUCUUUUCAGAACUGAUAAAGGAGGUGAUCCAGAACUCAUACGUGCAAAUGAAACCAAACGAUACAGAGGCACAAAGCGUGUCGACUUGGUACUUGAAGCCGAUGAAAAUUGGCGGAAAGCACGUUUUAGGGCUGACCACUUAAACAAGGCAAAGAAUCUUUGUAGUAAAAUCAUUGCUAAACGAAUGAAGGAAAAUGGAAGCAACGUUGAUUGUGAUUCUGCUAUAUACGAUGGGCUAUGUUGUCGCCUGGAUUCAUUAGUUGAAGGUGACUUGCAGCCUCUAAGUGUAUCACAACUAAAGGCUCUAUCUAACCUCGUCGCCGAGGAAAUAAAAUCCAAUGGAUCUUCGGUUACUGAAUUUGAAUCUAUAAGACAACAGCAUUUGUAUGAAAUUGGUAAUCUCUUACAUCCAGAUGUUCCAGUAAGCAAUGACGAAGAAGACAACUUAAUUAUUCGAACCUACGGAACAAGUGACUUUCGUAAGCCAUUUUCUCACGUAGAUUUGGUGGUCAUGGUGGAUGGCUUCGAUGGUGAACGGGGGAGUGCAAUAGCUGGCGGACGUGGUUAUUUUCUUAAGGGGCCUCUUGUGUUUUUGGAGCAAGCCAUUAUAAACUUGGCCUUGCGUAUGCUAGAAGAGCGUGGUUUCACGCCACUGUACACUCCUUUUUUCAUGCGCAAAGAAGCUAUGAAAGCAGUUGCACAACUAAGCCAAUUUGAUGAAGAACUAUACAAGGUUACUGGUCGUCGUGACCCCAAUGCUACGGUUGAUCAUAAUUCACAAACAAAUGGAAAUGAUGAAGAAGAGAAAUAUUUAAUUGCAACUUCCGAACAACCUAUUGCUGCAUUUCAUCAGGAUGAAUGGUUGCCUGUUAAUGAAUUGCCAAUUAAGUAUGCUGGAAUUUCAACUUGUUUCCGACAAGAAGUGGGUAGUCAUGGUCGUGACACUCGUGGAAUAUUUCGUGUUCAUCAGUUCGAAAAAGUGGAGCAGUUUUGCAUAACUAGUCCACACGACAAUUUAUCAUGGGAAAUGUUCAAUCAUAUGAUUUCUAAUGCUGAAGAUUUUUAUCAAGCCUUAAAAUUACCUUAUCGAAUCGUUUCAAUUGUAUCUGGUGAACUUAAUAAUGCAGCCGCCAUGAAGUAUGAUUUAGAAGGUUGGUUUCCUGGUUCUGGUGCAUUCAGAGAGCUUGUAUCUUGCAGUAAUUGUUUGGACUACCAGUCUCGUCGGCUAUCAAUUCGUUUUGGUCAGACAAAGAAGAUGAACCAAAGUGUUGAAUAUGUGCAUAUGCUCAAUGCAACAAUGUGUGCAACCACUCGGGUGAUUUGCGCAAUUCUAGAAAAUUAUCAAACUGAGCAUGGAAUUAUUGUGCCUGAUGUUCUGAAACCAUUGAUGCCUAAAAGAUAUCAAAGCUUUAUACCGUUCAAAGGUCAUGAAGAUAAGGUACCUGUUAGCAAUGAUGUAUCAAUGACUGUGCCAGAUCAGUCUUUGACAUUUCGAGACGCAGAUUCAUUGAAUGAGCUGAAUGAAAAGAUAAAUGAUUUAACUGGGGCUACAGAAAAAAGUAUUGUCAAGGUUAUCUCUCAAAUAUCUGAAGUUCAGAAAAAACUUGAAGAUAAACUUGGUUCACUUACUUUUGUAACUACUACAAACUGUAACUUUGAAAAAGCCGUACCUGACCAACUUCCUGUUGUUAUGCAACCAAUGGAAGAUGCUGUAGCGGAUAAGAAUGAUUCACCAGUCGGAAACAAGGAUGCUGGUGAUGAUGAAUCUGUAAAUUUACAGUGUAAUACACCAGAUUCAACUGAUGCAAAGAAGAAACGCAAGAAGAAAUCCAAAAAGAAACAAACAGAAUGAUAUUUUCCUGCUUCUUAUCAUAACUCCCUUGACUGUUUUGUAUGCAGUGAAUGUUUAUGAUUUGAAUACACUUAUGGCUUUGGUUUUAUCAUGUUUUUCAGUCUGUCUGUGAUAGUCAGGUUUGGUGUUGAUGUAAAAAGGUUAACUGAGUGUUUUUGUUUGUGUUGCAUUCGUUAUAGUCUUAUUAAAGAUUAUCUCGUCAACUGUUAAAGUACCUUUGUGACUAGUAUUAUCAAGGGAGGUGGUUCCUUCCUAAGUAUAUAAUUCUAUGUCAUUGAACAUGUUAUAUACAAAAUUAAACACUG